UUUUUAUCUACCUCCUUCAAACAGUUUUGUUCAGUUGUUGAAAUGUUGAUAUGCAGGGUAUUGUGGUUAUUUAUUCUGGCGUUGAGUCUUUCUUGUUCUUCAGAAGGUAGUGAUGUGGAACUAAAAAACGUCAACAGCUAUUGUACAGUUGCUGAUAUAGUUACUAUAAAAUCCAUGAAAACAGGAGAGUAUGUAACUGCUGGAAAUUCUGGAGAUACGUUAGAGAUGAAUCCUGAAGAGAAGGCAGAACAAAGGUUCUGGAAGUUACUUGCUGGAAAUGGGUUUUACAUUUUCCAAAAUGUGAACACUUCGAAUAUCAUAGACAUUAUGGGUGGAUGUUACGAAGGGAUGCAGCAGGAAAAUGUUAUAAGCUACAACCAACAGGAGGUAGGGUCAAAUAAUAGAUUCUACAUAAACGCUUUGGAUAAUACAAUUGGCGUUCAAUGUUUCGGGGGUGGAAAACUGAGACUGAAAGUACAGCGAAUAUGGCUGGUUGCUGAAAGCAUUGAUAAUAUCAAAACCAGUGAAGAAGACAUACAUUUUGCCAUCGAACGUGUUUCCUGAAAAUGAGAAAAAGUAAACUAUAGAUUAGGUUCAUCAUUCCAAACUAUGAUGUACUUUAUACUAUAAAUACAAAGUAUGCAGAAAUGAAAUGUCUCACCGAU